AUGGUGACCUUCCAGGUAGAGGAUCAGCCUGAACGCUGGUACAGAGUUGGAGUGGAAGAGACCUUACAUUGGGUGGUCCAUAUAAAGCAUGAUGAGAGUAACCUGGGUCAAGCGUCCUAUCCGCCACGAGCCUCAGUUUCCAGAAGUAUCAAACAGGGCAGGUCCCCGGGGAGAAGGUGUGGGCUAAAGUUCCCGCGGCCUGGGAUGCCCAGAGUUCCCGCCUCCCCACAGCCGGGCCGCCCGGCAGCGCUCUCGCCCGCCCCCGCCCGGGCCCCGGGCUGCCGCCAGCCCGCGGGGCCCGAGGCGGAGCGGGGGUCUCGCGGCGGGCCUCCCGGGCCGCUCCCCCGGCCGCCCGGGGGCCCGCGGCGGCGCUCGCGGCCUCUCACCCGGGGCGGGCGAGUUCUGGGAAAGGCCGGCCCAGGGCGGGGGCCCCCGCUGCCGCCCGCGCCACCGUGCCGUCCCGGCAGCGCGCAGAGCCCAGGGGCGCGGAGCGAGGGAGCGGCGCCCGCGGGGGCGCACACGCUAGAGCGCGGCGGGCGGGAGGGCGGGCGGCGCGCCCCGGGCUCUGCCUCCCGGGCACUUGCCUGUGGCUGUGGCGCGCCGCUGGCACCCGCUCCGCCGCUGACACACGGUAGCGGGGACACCCGACGCCGCUAG